UUAGACUCGCUUCUGUAUCUUAUUUAGUCAAGCUUUAGUUUUUUCAAAGCACUUACAACAGUAUAUCAGAAACUCUUUUAAUAUUCUGACAAGUGUUUCCCAACUGGUUUCUCUGGUAGUGCUCUGCCUUACACCUUUGAAAGAUUGCUCUGGAAGAAGAGUCAGUUCUCCCAGAAGUACCAAAGGAGUGCCCGGAAAAAACGGGUCAGAACCUGGCACUGGAGGAAGGGGCAGACAGAUGACCACAAAUCCAGAAGCUCUGCUCUCUGAGCAAAAAAGCCAGGCUGGGAUUUCCAGGACAGAGGCCCAGACCGCACCAUGCCCCGCUUCCCGCCUCUGCCUGUUCCGUGGGACCCCACUCUCGGCUCCGCGGUCCCCGGGGGCAGGGCAGCGCCACGCACCCCUGACCCCAGCCCCGUCUGAGCGCCCCUCGCGCGCGCCCUGGGACCCUGGGCGACAGCCCUGGAGCAGCUGGCGCCCAAACCCCGCGCAGCAAGACCGCGGAUACUUGGGAGACUGCGUUUGUGUUAGUUUUGUUUUUCUUUUUUGUUGCAGCCAAGAAUGGGACGUGGGUUUUAAUUCCCGCGCCCCCGGCCAGGCAGCCCCGCCGCCACCCCAAGACUCUGAGCCUCGGGUGGAAAAAGCCAAAGUCCCCAGCGCCGGGCUGCAGGGCGCCGAGGGGACUCGCGUGGGGACCCCCGUCCCGGCCACCGCUGUCCCGCCCGGUCCCUCCCCAGCCGGACCCAGAUCGGCGGCAGCGCCUCUUACCGGAGGGUGCGCGCAGCGAGGGACCUUGAGUCUUGGGGAACUCGGCACCAGCACCCCAGCUGCACACGCCGGCAGACUUCUGCCCAGUAUUGGUAUCCGUAUCCGUCUCGGGUUCCACCUGCGGCAUUGGAGACAGGAUUUUCUGUGAUUUGCAACAAACCUGAUUAAAGGAAUUCUAACUAAAAUAAAGUGUAAACUUCUCUCGAUUUUUACCCGUAGAUCCAUUCUAGGAAAUUUCAGUACAUUCUCCAAACCAUUUCACAAUGCUUAACGUUUCUUAGCAUCAGAGCUGAAACGACUGAUUUUACCAAAAAGAAAAAAAAAUUGUAACAUAACUGAGUAUAGGGGGAAGAGGUGGGGCAUCAAAAACUUGCAUGGGACCCGGGAUGGCGCUGGGCAUAGAGCUCAGGAUACUGGCACCCUAAGUCGGGUCUCAAAAUUCGUGACCAAAAUACCCCAACACCACCACGCGUCUUCCCUGGACAAUAAACACCUCACAGUAUUCGGGACCGUGAGUGGCAAAAGUUAUUUUGGGGUGCACAAAGCACCACUCUCGGUAAGAAUGUACUAAUUUGUAUCUGGUUUUUCCCCCAGAUCCAUUUUAUUUCAAGGAGAAGAGGAAGAGGAAGAGGAGAAGGAGAAAGAGAAGCAGGAG